AUGGAGGGAGGGGUGAGUGAGCGGUGGCCAGGCAGCAGCUGCCGUCCCCUCAUUUACAUGAACACCUGCUCCGUGGCUGCAGCCUUUUGGGAACGAUGGUGUGACGCAUGCUCUGCCUCACGACCCCAGCACCAGGCUCCCGCUAUGUCUGCACUGUCCCCCUCUCUGGGAGACCUGGAUUGGCUUAUAGACUCUCACUAUUUCAGAACUGCAUUGCUAUGAAUGCUGCCUGGCAGAAUGCUUCUACAAUCUUAUACAUCUCUGUCAUAAUUAAAAAAGAUAGUGAAUUAUCUGAACAAUUAAAGGGCUUGUAGUGAAACUCUGGAGAGCAAGGAUGAACUGAGCAUGUGUUCUUCUCACCACAGGAAAAUACAUUUGAUCAUGUUUAGAUUUAGAAUAGUCCUAAAAUAGCAUAUGGUGAUGUUGGGACAUUAGUAGAUGGCCUUUUCUCCUCCUUUGCACUCCAGAUCUCUCUAGAAAAAACCUGACAAACAUGCUCCCUGUAACCCAAGAGGGAUGAUUCCAUAGUAUAUCCCAGUGCUUGGAAACUAGAGGUAGCCUAGGCUACCAUUAAAGCAGCGUGACAUGCCAUCGGGCCCUUAAUGUUUGUGUAGCUAGUGCCCAGCCUAGCAUGUGAUGUUUUCUUUCCCUGGCCACCCUAAUCCCGUGAGAGAGAGACCCUGUCUAAACACACGUCUGUCCCCACAGGGGGCCUCUGCUUGGCCCUGGGCCCCCAGCCCCGCUCACACAACCAACGGCCCCCUGGGAAUGUUUGGGGAGGUGAUUUAGUCAGCCCCAUUAAGGCUAAUAGUAAUAGACUCAUAGUUGUCUAUGUUAUAGUAUUUUGGAGUGACAGAACUUUUAACGGUAUUUAAAGGUUGCUGAGACAUUCUAAUACUAUGGAAUCCCCCAGAAUGAGACACAGGAGCUAUAAUCAACAACCUCCAAUAAAAAUGACUCAGCUUUUUAGGGACUGUAUUGAGUUUCCUUUCUUUUUCGGCUUCAGAACAAUCCCUACUUCUCACUUAAAACAUUGUUUUUGUGUUUAAUUUUUCUUUGUUUUGCCUUGGAGGAAUUGACAAGGAAUUAGUGAAAGUUUCACUAGGAGGAUGACUGAUACCAAAAGUGUCUGUGUGGCUCUAGAGUUUGCAGUGCUAUCUCUCUAUAUCCCUUGUCUCUGGCUGUCAGAGAGCGAGAGAGAGAAAGAGACUAUACAGUAGAAGAAUACAGGGCAUUGAGGUGGAGGAACACUGCUUUGAAGUCUCCAUAAUGUUAUCUCUGAGUUCAAAGACAGGCAUAGACACUGCCUUGUCCUUUUGAAUGAAUGAGCCUGAAAAAAGUGGAGUGGAGCAUAUUUCUCGCUAAGAGCUGUUGAAGGGGGCCAUGGUGGCUACUUUUGUCAAAAAUGAGACUGGAAUAUGUACAAAAAUUCAGUCAGCUCGUCAGAGUCCAGUUCAAUGUUGUUGUGUAGUGUUGAUGAAGGGAGUCAGUCUAUCCAUAAUGACCACCCUCCAACCAUGUGGAAAACAGUACAGAAACCCUCUGGAUGACAAAUGGGAGCAUUUGGUAGCAGUGAGGUUCCAAACUGACAGUGGUGGGUUAUCUCUUUCCACUGACCCUGACCACCUCCCUGAUCUCACUAACCUCUCUGACCACUUCUCUGUGUGUGCGUGUGCUUGUGUGUCUGUGCAGUCUGUGUGCACAUUGUGUGUGUGGCCCUUUGUUGGGAUUUGACCUUGUGUCGCCUCGGGGGACUCUCCAUGCCCUGUCAUUGUAAUAGUAAAUGUGUGAAUCCAUCUCCACUGACGCGGAGAACGCUGUCCCCCACUCUCUUCCUCCCUCUCUUCUUCUCUCUUUGCCUCUCUCUUUCUCUCUCUCUCUCUCAAUUCAAUUUCGAUUCAAGGGGCUUUAUUGGCAUAGGAAACAUAUGUUUACAUUGUCAAAGCAAGUUAAAUAGAUAAUAAACAAUCAGAAAUUAACAGUAAAUAUUACACUCACAAAAGUUUCAAAAGAAUAGAGACAUUUCAAAUGUUAUAUUAUGGCUAUGUACAAUGUUGUAAUGAUGUGCAAAUAGUUUAAGUACAAAAGGGAAAAUAAAUCAACAUAAAUAUGGGUUGUAUUUACAAUGGUGUUUGUGCUUCACAGGUUGCUCGUUUUUUUGUGGCAACAGGUCACAAAUCUUGCUGCUGUGAUGGCACACUGUGGAAUCUCACAUUCUCUCUGGGAACCGUUUGCUGGGGGCCACUUUACGACUCUAAGAGGACCUGUGAGAAACAUCACAGGGGUGGAUGAUGCCUCCUGUCCCACCCCCUGCCCCCCAUGUCCUGCAGUCAAUGUUUUAUGGCCUAAAACACAUUGUCUGAAAGGACAACAGUGAAAAGGCAAAUGUGCUGUUUAGCUGCAUAGUUUCUCAUGGCUGCGUUGUAAAAACAGUCGGCUGGAUAGAGAGAGAGAACAUCCUGACUGAGCCCUCAGAUCGUCUUUCACAGAGAGCAGGGACUAGUUAGUUACUUAGGGACUAGUUAGUUACUUAGUUAGUAUCAGGCUGAUGCUGUUUCCCAGGCUGCUGAAGGUUUAUAUUGAUGAGCACACAAUAGGAACAUCUCAAUAGCCUAAAGUGGCUUCCUCUCCUUGUUUGCACUGACCUCUGAAAACAUCAGAGGUGAAAGUAAUAAAGUGGAUGCCAACUAGUACGUAUUUGCUUUCACUCUUGCUGCUUUCCCAUAUCUUCCAUCUGCUAAAACAGACAAAGACAGGUUGCAUUGCACUGGCCACACAUGCUUGACUCGUGUUAACUUAAAAAAAUACAUUUAGCGCUAUGGGUUUUGUUGUCAGUCCAUACCUGUUGAAUACAACUUUUCCUUAACCCUUAGUGCUAUUAUUAUUUGCUGACUCACCCUGCCUUUCUCUCUCUCUCUCUCUCUCUCUCUCUCUCUCUCUCUCUCUCUCUCUCUCUCUUUCUCUCUCUCUCUUUCCAGGUGUCGGGAUGGUUACGUGGGGAACAGUUGUCAGCACAGGGACCCCUGCACCUACUCUCCAUGUAAAAAUGGCGGCUCGUGUCGCGUGGUGCCCCGUGGGAAUUCAGUGGACUUCACGUGUUUCUGCCGGCCAGGCUUCACGGACCGCCUAUGUCUGACGCCCAUCGACAACGCCUGUCUCAGUUCACCCUGCCGGAAUGGUGGCACUUGCGACCUGGUCAACCUCAGAGAGUACAAGUGUAGAUGUCCCCCUGGCUGGUCAGGUAAACACUGUCAUAUUUACUACUGCUGAAUACUCUAGUAGUAACAAAUAGCAUUACUAACCGGUCUUCUGUUCUUUAAAAUAUUAAAACUGACCAUGGUUACAACUAAUUGUAGCACAUAAAACAAAACAAGGAGCUGUCUAUGUAAAUAAAGAUCAAAAUCAUGAUUUUAUUUACAAGAUGUGUGUCUGCCUCUUUCAGGGAAGCAGUGCCAGCAGGCAGACCCCUGUGCCUCUAAUCCCUGUGCCAACGGCGGGCAGUGCACCCCCUUUGAGUCCCACUCUAUCUGCUCCUGCACCCCGUUCUUCUAUGGCCAGACCUGCAAGCAGGACGUCAAUGAGUGUGCCCAGAGCCCCUCACCCUGCAAGAAUGGAGGCGUGUGUGUGAACGAGGUGGGCACCUACCGCUGCCAGUGUCCCCAGGAGUAUACGGGCAAGCACUGCGAUACCCGCUACCUACCAUGCAAUCCCUCCCCCUGCCACAAUGGGGGCACUUGCGUCCAGAAGGGAGACACCACCUAUGAAUGCUCCUGUGUUCCAGGUACUGUUCUGUUUAAUGUUGUCCCAUCUGAUCCACUAUGGGCCGAAGCCUACAUUUACAGUGCCUUCAGAAAGUAUUUCUACCCCUUUUCAAAAUGUUGUUGUUUUACAGCCUGAAUUUAAAAUGGAUUAAAUUGAGAUUUUUGGUCACUGGCCUACACAUAAUACCUCAUAAUGUCCAAGUGGAAUUAUGUUUUGGGCAAAUGUUGAUAUUUCUGUAUUUCAUUUUCAAGACAUUUCUAAAACAUGUUUUCAAAUUAUCAUUAUGGGGUAUUGUGUGUAGAUGGGUGAGAAAACAAAUAUAUUUAAUCCAUUUAGAAUUCAGGCUGUAACAACAAAAUGUGGAAUAAGUCAAGGGGUAUGAAUACCUUCUGAAGGCACUGUACAUUACAUUUUAGUCAUUAAGCAGACGAUUGUAUCCAGAACGAUUAACAAUCAGGCCAUUUAACUAUGGGACAUUUUGAGUUAUGUGAGAUUAUAUUAAGUUAGGAUUUGACCAUGUAUGAACUUUCAAGUUGUGCAAUCCAUUUCCACUUAGGGGCUGCUUUAGUGUUUUCUCCACCAGUCUAUCCAACUUAAGCCAAACAUCUAAAACAGCUGUGAAAUAAACUAGUGGUACGGUUCUCUAGUGGCUGGUCAGGAUGAUGUUAUGAUGUGAGUACGGGCGGAGGGAGCUUUGUGUAGUGGUUAUACAAUGCUGUGUGUGUGAGCUUUGUGUAGUGGUUCCACAGUGCUGUGUGUGUGUGAGCUUUGUGUAGUGGCUCCACAGUGCUGUGUGUGAGCUUUGUGUAGUGGCUCCAGAGUGCUGUGUGUGUGAGCUUUGUGUAGUGGUUCCACAGUGCUGUGUGUGAGCUUUGUGUAGUGGCUCCAGAGUGCUGUGUGUGUGAGCUUUGUGUAGUGGUUCCACAGUGCUGUGUGUGUGAGCUGUGUGUAGUGGCUCCACAGUGCUGUGUGUGUGUGAGCUGUAGGGCUGGGUGAUAUGGCCUAAAAAUAAUUGCAAAAAAAAAUAAUAUAUGGUCGAUUCACAAUAUAUAUCUCAAUGUUUUCUCUAAAUAAGCUUUGUUGUACAAUUAAAGGUCAAAUAAAUCAAAUCAAAUCAAAUUGUAUUUGUCACAUACACGUGUGUAGCAGAUGUUAUUGUGGGUGCUGUAGGUGUCCUGGAGGGCGGGUAGUUUGCCCCCGGGAAUGCGUUUGGCAGACCGCACCACCCUCUGGAGAGCCCUGCGGUUGCGGGCGGUGCAAUCGCCGUACCAGGCGGUGAUACAGCCCGACAGGAUGCUCUCAAUUGUGCAUCUGUAAAAGUUUGUGAGGGUUUUAGGUGCCAAGACAAAUUUAUUCAGCCUCCUGAGGUUGAAGAGGCUCUGUUGCGCCUUCUUCACCACACUGUCUGCGUGGGUGGACCAUUUCAGUUUGUCAGUGAUGUGUACACCAAGGAACUUGAAGCUUUCCACCUUCUUCACUGCGGUCCUGUCGAUGUGGAUAGUGGGGUGCACCCUCUUCUGUUUCCUGAAGUCCACGAUCAUCUCCUUUGUUUUGUUGACGUUGAGUGAGAGGUUAUUUUACUGGCACCACACUCCCAGAGCCCUCACCUCCUCCCUGUAGGCUGUCUAGUCAUUGUUGGUAAUCAAGCCUACUACUGUUGUGUUGUCUGCAAACUUGAUGAUUGAGUUGGAGGCGUGCUUGGCCACGCAGUCAUGGGUGAACAGGGAGUACAGGAGGGGGCUGAGCACGCACCCUUGUGGGGCCCCAGUGUUGAGGAUUAGCGAAGUGGAGAUGUUGUUUCCUACCUUCACCACCUGGGGGCGGCCCGUCAGGAAGUCCAGGACCCAGUUGCACAGGGCAGGGUUCAGACCCAGGGCCUCGAGCUUAAUGAUGAGCUUGGAGGGUGCUAUGGUGUUGAAUGCUGAGCUGUAGUCAAUGAACAGCAUUCUUGCAUGGGUAUUCCUCUUGUCCAGAUGGGAUAGGGCAGUGUGCAGUGUGAUGGCGAUUGCAUCGUCUGUGGAUCUAUUGGGGUGGUAAGCCAAUUGAAGUGGGUCUAAGGUGACAGGGAAGGUUGAGGUGAUGUGAUCCUUGACUAGUCUCUCAAAGCACUUCAUGAUGACAGAGGUGAGUGCUACGGGGCGAUAGUCAUUUAGUUCAGUUACCUUUGCUUUCUUGGGUACAGGAACAAUGGUGGCCAUCUUGAAGCAUGUGGGGACAGCAGUCUGGGAUAGGGAGAGAUUGAAUAUGUCCGUAAACACACCAGCCAGUUGGUCUGCGCAUGUUCUGAGGACGCGGCUAGGGAUGCCGUCUGGGCCGGCAGCCUUGCGGGGGUUAACAAGCUUGAAUGUCUUACUCAUGUCGGCUACGGAGAAGGAGAGCUCACAGUCCUUGGUAGUGGGCCGUGUCGGUGGCACUGUGUUAUCCUCAAAGCUGGCAAAUAAGGUGUUUAGCUUGUCUGGAAGCGAGACGUCGGUGUCAGCGAUGUGGCUGGUUUUCCUUUUGUAGUCCGUGAUUGUCUGUAGACCCUGCCACAUACGUCUCGUGUCUGAGCCGUUGAAUUGCGACUCCACUUUGUCUCUAUACUGAUGUUUUCUCCGUUUAAUUACCUUGCGGAGUGAGUAGCUACACUGUUUGUAUUCUUCCAUAUUCCCAGUCACCUUGCCAUGGUUAAAUGCGGUGGGUUCGUGCUUUCAAAUUUGCGCAAAUGCUGCCAUCUAUCCACGGUUUCUGGUUAGGGUAGGUUUUAAUAGUCACAGUGGGCACAACAUCUCCUAAACACUUCCUGAUAAACUCAGUCACCGUUUCAGUGUAUUCGUCCAAAUUAUUUUCGCCAUCUACCCGGAACAUAUCCCAGUCCGCUUGUGAAAUUAUAUAAAUAUAAGCCUUCCACAACCAUAAGGUCCACUAAUAAUGUAUUUAUUUUAUCAAAAUAGUGUAACCGGCUUUUUUGCAAUAAUCACCGAUCUGGCUUUCAAGUCUGUCUAUGAAAAUGCCCUUUUUGUUACAAAUGUAACCAGAACCAUGCAUAAUGCACAUUCACUAAUAAUAACUAACUUCUUAUAACGGGUAUUAUAGAAAAUUAACACAGGUCUCAUAAACUCUCUCUCAAGCACAAGCCCACAUGCUAGUGAGUGGCCAGCUAAUCUUUAUAUUUCAAGUUUAGCUAACUUGGAUCUAUUUGCUAGCUAACAAGGUAGAAUAGUUGAAUUAUUAUGAACACACCCUUAUGGCCGUCUCCAACUGUUUGAACAGCAUGCUAUGAUGUUGAAAUCAAGUGGCCUACCUUAUUUCUCAGAAUGAGAAUGAGUUGCACAUUCCUUAUAUAGUUGUGUUUUAUGCUUAUUGCACAUUUAUAAAACACAGACUAGACUGCUAGUAUAACAGUCUUUGGCUAAAAUGCUGCUAGUGGUACCACAAUGCCAUACGCAACAAACUGAGGAUACAUAUUCCUGAAUCAAUGUUCAUUGAUUGUCCUGUUUUAGUGGUGUCUGCCCUGUGUGCAAUUUGAAGAGUUGAAACACAAAAAGGUUAUCGUUAGAAAGGUUAACUUCUCCUCUAUUACUGUAAAAUAAUGUCUCAAUGUGUUUCGGUGUCCAUAUGACCGAUUCUGUUGGACCAAACCUCAAAUGCAAAUAGCGAGUUGAAACCGCUUGCCAGAGAGGAAGAAGUGAUCUCUCAUCUUUGUUGUUGUGAGUGGCAGGUGGAGGGGCUUGGUGUGCGUGUGUAAAUGGGAAGGUGUGCACAGCCUACAGUCAUUGCACAUGGCACAGAAGGAACGAAGGAGACGAGACCAAAAAGACAACAUGAGAACAAGUGGACAUAAACGCUCAACAUUUUUUACAGAACUAGAUUCUUCCGAUGCAGGCAUUUGGAAUAUCGCGCAAAAACAUACAUUCAAAUUAAUUUGAUAUAUCACCCAGGCCUAGUGAGCUGUUUGUAGUGGCUCCACAGUGCGAGUUGUGUGAACAGAGGGGAGCAGGAAGCCAUUGGGCCUUAUCGUGAGGAAAUGGCUGAAUGAAAACAUCCUCGGAACAGAGCCUUCUAGUCCUGUAGACAGGGUUACCACGACUGGUCGUCCUCUCCCCUCUCUCUACUCCCCACACGUCACCACUUCCAACCUGCCCUGCUCCAACGCCAGACUGAGCUAGACCUCCACUGAGCUCCCAGUAAGCACCACACCACUCUCUUUGUGCCUCACACACUGUUUUGGCCGUUAAACAUGGCUCUCACAGAAACGCCACUGCCAAAGAUAAAUAAUUGUGAAUCAAGAGAAGUAGUAGCAUUGUCAACAAUCCAAUGGUGCUCAGAUUCUACCUACACAAAAUUGGCAGUAUAACCUCCUAAAUGUCCCUUUUAUUUUCUUAUGCAGCCAGGCUGCCAGACAAUACUGUGGUGGUGUGUUGUGUAAUGCCAGAGCAGGAUUGUUGCUGUUAUAUGAAGGGAAGCUGUGGUCUGGCUGGCUGUUUGUUCUGACUGAUACAGACCAAAGGAGGGCUGCCGCCGCUGCCAUUCGUUCCCCUCUGAAGAAGGAGGCCGUUGACUGCUUUAACUGUAAAAGAGUUUCCCCUUGUUUUGAAAGGAUCCAACCAGGCAAUUUUGAAACUAGGAAAAACAAAGCAAAGAGAGUGAUGCAAAAAAUACUCAGAAAUAGAAUAAGCUUCCUUGAUAUCAAAUCAAAUUGUAUUUGUCACAUGCUCCGAAUACAACAGGUGUUUACCUUACCGUGAAAUGCUUACUUACGAACCCUUAACCAACAAUGCAGAGGUUUUAAAAAGUAAGUAAGAAAAAUGUGCUAAAUAAACUAAAGGAAAAAUAGUAACACAAUAAAAUAGCAAUAAUGAGGCUAUAUUCUAGGGGUACCAGUACCGAGUCAAUGUGCAGGGGUAUGGGUUAGUCGAGGUAAUAUGUACAUGUAGGUAGGGGUAAAGUGACUAUGCAUAGAUAAUAAACAGAGAGUAGCAGCAGUAUAUGUGAAGAGCGUGAAGGAAUGUGUGUUUGUGGCGUCAAUAUGCAUGUGUGUGUGGUCCGUGUGUGUGUGUGUGUGUGUGUUGGAGUGUCAGUGUAGUAUGUGUGAGUGUGUGGUUAGAGUCAAGUGAGUGUACAUCUAGCCUGUGCGAGUCAGUGAAAAAAAUAAGAGUAAAUACUAAUAAAAUAUGGGGGUCAAUGCAAAUAGUCCGGGUAACCAUUUGAUUAACUGUGCAGCUGUCUUAUGGCUUGGGGUAGAAGCUGUUAAGGAGCCUUUUGGUCCCAGACUUGGCGCUCCGGUACCGCUUGCUGUGCGGUAGCAGAGAGAACAGUCUAUGACUUGGGUAGCUGGAGUCUUUGACAAUUUUUAUUGCCUUUCUCUGACACCGCCUGGCAGAGGUCCUGGAUGGCAGGAAGCUCAGCCACGGUGCUGUACUGGGCCGUACUCACUACCCUCGGUAGAGCCUUGCAGUCGAAUGCAGAGCAGUUGCCAUACCAAGCGGUGAUGCAACCAGUCAGGAUGCUCUUGAUGCUGCAGCUGUAGAACUUUUUGAGGAUCUGAGGUCCCAUGCCAAACCUUUUCAGCCUCCUGAGGGGAAUAGGCAUUGUCGAGCCCUCUUCACGACUGUGUUGGUGUGUUUGGACCAUGAUAGGUCCUUAAUGAUGUGGACAACAAGGAACUUGAAGCCAAGGAAAUAUUGCUCCUCUGUUCAUGAAAAUGUAACAUGACCCCUUCUGUUGAGAUGGGGCUGAUUUAAAAACUACAGUGUGUAAUAUAUGUGUAUUUAACAUUAUGUCCUGUCCUCUCCAGGCUUCUCAGGUCAGAACUGUGACGCCAACAUUGAUGACUGUCCAAGACACGAUUGUCAGAAUGGAGGAACCUGUGUGGAUGGGGUUAACACCUAUAACUGCCAAUGCAAACCUGAAUUCACAGGUAACUAUACAGUAACCCCCCCCCCCCCCCCCCCCACCCCAUCCCACCCCACCACCAACCAACUCAUUUCUACGCUCAUGGUAGAAGUUUCUCAUAAAUACAGAUCUAGGAUCAGAUUACUAACCCUCAAUCCUAACCAAGACCAUUGGGCGAAUAAAAACAUAUCUGACCUUGCAUCAGUGAUUAGGGGGUAACUUUUACCCGACUCCGAUCUCUAUAAUGGAAGCCUCCUUUCUUUUGACUCUUAUGAUUACUAUUAAUCUUUUGCUCUCUUUGACUCUUUUGACUUGUUUGUGUGCACUGUGGCCUGUUGACAAGUGCAUUUUAACCCAUGUUCUCCCCUAUAGGCCAGUUCUGUACAGAGGACGUUGACGAGUGCCAACUGAUGCCCAAUGCAUGCCAGAAUGGAGGAACGUGCCACAACAUCUACGGUGCCUACCAGUGUGUGUGUGUCAACGGGUGGACGGGGGAUGACUGUGGAGAGAAUAUUGACGACUGCGCCAAUGCUGCCUGCAAUCAGGGUGCCAUCUGCCACGACCGUGUGGCGUCCUUCUUUUGCGAGUGUCCCCAUGGUCGCACAGGUGAGCCGAUAAACUUUGGUCUUCUUAAUUUCUCAUAGAUUUUCCAUUUAUCUGACCCUGAGCUUUGCACACUUGUAUAUCUACUAAUUUAUGCUAAAUCUCUUGUGGUCACUAGUGAUACUAAAUAGCGUUUCCUUGUCCAGUGCCAGCAGCACAGAUAGUUUCACUGCAUUAACAGUAGCUAGUUAUUAUAUGGUUGAAAAGCAACAACUAAAUAAAUACCUUUAACGAAGUAAAUAACUGCAACGAUUGAACCAAUCAACGUCUCCUGUUGUUCUUGUGCUGUGCCAGGUUUGCUGUGUCACCUGGAUGACGCCUGUAUCAGUAACCCCUGUCAGAAAGGCUCCAACUGUGACACCAACCCCGUCAACGGCAAGGCCAUCUGCACCUGUCCCCUGGGCUACUUUGGCGCCGCCUGUGACCAGGAUGUUGACGAGUGCUCGCUGGGUAAGUAGACUCAGACCAGUGAGGGAUGCUUUUCAUGAACACACAUUAGAUCAUUACAGGAAUAGGUUUUGUUAGUCAUUAACUAGAAAUGUGAAUCACUCAACAUCAGAGAGGGCAGAGACACAGACAGACAGACAGGUAGCAACCACUACACAGCAGCAUGAAGGAGCACGCCCUGUAACAUGUUACUUAAGGUACACUCCAUGUCUCCCUCUGUGUCUAGGUGGCAACCCCUGUGAGCACGGAGGGAAGUGCCUGAACACCAAGGGUUCAUUCCAGUGUAGGUGUCAGCCCGGCUUCUCUGGGGCUCGCUGUGAACAUGACGUAAAUGAGUGCCUUUCCAACCCCUGCCAGAACGAAGCCACCUGCCUCGACCAGAUAGGAGGCUUCCACUGCAUCUGUAUGCCAGGUAACUGACACACACACACGCUCGCACGCAAGCACACACACACAGCUAAUUACCGACAUCAGUAUAAGUUCUUCUUGUUAGCAAGUUUAAAGGCCCCUUUUUAAUCAAAGGAUGACAACAAAUGGAAAAGGAAAGUAGAAGGGGGAAAAAGUAAGGAACUUGUCUGUCGGCCUUGCAUUAAAGAAAAUAAAAAAGUAUACCAGUUUCAUUUAAGGACCAAAGGAUUGACAGCCGUCCCAUAUAGAUUGCAAAAUAGUUGGGAAGAGAUUUUUGACGUACCGAUUCCAUGGCAUAGUGUUGAUGAAUUGAUAUGCAAAACGACGCCGGAUUCUAAAAUAUUUUAUUUAAAAAUCUAAAUUUUUCAAUUUAAAUUAUUUUAUACAAUUCUUGCUACCAAUAGAAUGUUAUUUAUAUGGGGGAUACAAUCUUCCCAGCUCUGCAGAUUUUGCUGCGAAGAGACAGAAUCAUUAGAUCAUUUGUUUUGGUACUGUCCAUUUUUAGCUUGUUUUUGGACACAGGUCCAGGAAUGGCUAAAGGAUUGCAAUAUUUACCUGGAGCUAACCCUGCAGAUAGCACUACUGGGUGAUCUGAAAAGUCAUAGUCAAUUGAUCAAUAAUAUGAUAAUACUUUUAGCAAAACAUUUUAUAUUCAAUUUACGAUCUGUAGAAACAAUGAGAAUAGAAAGGUUCAGAACUUUUGUAAAACAUCACAGUACAGUUGAAAAAUAUAUGGCAAAUAGAAAUCCAAUAUGGAUGGUGUUAAGAUAUAGAUGGGAGGUGUUGAAUGGAGCUGAAGGAUGGGACUAAUAACAACAACUAAUAACAACAAAAUAACUAAUGUAAAGCAUACUGUGUCUAUAAUAAGUAUAUAGGUUAUAGGUUGAGAGCUUUUAUGAAAGAGCACAGUUAGAAAAAUAUGGCAUAUAGAAGCAAACCAGAUGGACAUCAUGAAAAUGAUCAGAGGAAGUUCAGGAGUAAAAACAAACAAAAUAUAAUUAUUGUAGAAUUUGAAUGUGUCCAAAAAAUGUAUAUAGUAUGUAUGGGCUAGAAGUAGAGGCCUAAGUGUUGUUGUUCACUAGUUUACUCCAAUUGGGGAAGGGGUGGUGGGGUUGGAAAGUAAUGAAGGGAAAUAUAAUUUAAAAAAGGAUAUGUGUGUGUGUAUGGAUGCAUGUAUAUAUGUAUGUAUGUGUAUAUAUAUGUGUGUGUGUGUGUGUGUAUAUAUAUAUAUAUAUGUGUGUAUAUACACUGCUCAAAAAAAUAAAGGGAACACUUAAACAACACAAUGUAACUCCAAGUCAAUCACACUUCUGUGAAAUCAAACUGUCCACUUACGAAGCAACACUGAUUGACAAUAAAUGUCACAUGCUGUUGUGCAAAUGGUAUAGACAACAGGUGGAAAUUAUAGGCAAUUAGCAAGACACCCCCAAUAAAGGACUGGUUUUGAAGGUGGUGACCACAGACCGCUUCUCGGUUCCUAUGCUUCCUGGCUGAAGUUUUGGUCACUUUUGAAUGCUGGCGGUGCUUUCACUCUAGUGGUAGCAUGAGACGGAGUCUACAACCCACACAAGUGGCUCAGGUAGUGCAGCUCAUCCAGGAUGGCACAUCAAUGCGAGCUGUGGCAAGAAGGUUUGCUGUGUCUGUCAGCGUAGUGUCCAGAGCAUGGAGGCGCUACCAGGAGACAGGCCAGUACAUCAGGAGACGUGGAGGAGGCCGUAGGAGGGCAACAACCCAGCAGCAGGACUGCUACCUCCGCCUUUGUGCAAGGAGGAGCAGGAGGAGCACUGCCAGAGCCCUGCAAAAUGACCUCCAGCAGGCCACAAAUGUGCAUAAUUAUUGUAGAAUUUGACUGUGUCCAUAAAAUGUAUAUAGUAUGUAUGGGCUAGAAGUAGAGGCCUAAGCGUGUCUGCUCAAACGGUCAGAAACAGACUCCAUGAGGGUGGUAUGAGGGCCUGACGUCCACAGGUGGGGGUUGUGCUUAUAGCCCAACACCGUGCAGGACCUUUGGCAUUUGCCAGAGAACACCAAGAUUGGCAAAUUCGCCACUGGCACCCUGUGCUCUUCACAGAUUAAAGCAGGUUCACACUGAGCACAUGUGAGAGAUGUGACAGAGUCUGGAGACGCCGUGGAGAACGUUCUGCUGCCUGCAACAUCCUCCAGCAUGACCGGUUUGGCGGUGGGUCAGUCAUGGUGUGGGGUGGCAUUUCUUUGGGGGGCCGCACAGCCCUCCAUGUGCUCGCCAGAGGUAGCCUGACUGCCAUUAGGUACCGAGAUGAGAUCCUCAGACCCCUUGUGAGACCAUAUGCUGGUGCGGUUGGCCCUGGGUCCCUCCUAAUGCAAGACAAUGCUAGACCUCAUGUGGCUGGAGUUUGUCAGCAGUUCCUGCAAGAGGAAGGCAUUGAUGCUAUGGACCGGCCCGCCCGUUCCCCAGACCUGCAUCCAAUUGAGCACAUCUGGGACAUCAUGUCUCGCUCCAUCCACCAACGCCACGUUGCACCACAGACUGUCCAGGAGUUGGCGGAUGCUUUAGUCCAGGUCUGGGAGGAGAUCCCUCAGGAGACCAUCCGCCACCUCAUCAGGAGCAUGCCCAGGCGUUGUAGGGAGGUCAUACAGGCACGUGGAGGCCACACACACUACUGAGCCUCAUUUUGACUUGUUUUAAGGACAUUACAUCAAAGUUGGAUCAGCCUGUAGUGUGGUUUUCCACAUUAAUUUUGAGGGUGACUCCAAAUCCAGACCUCCAUGGGUUGAUAAAUUUGAUUUCCAUUGGUAAUUUUUGCGUGAUUUUGUUGUCAGCACAUUCAACUAUGUAAAGAAAAAAGUAUUUAAUAAGAUUAUUUCAUUCAUUCAGAUCUAGGAUGUGUUAUUUUAGUGUUCCCUUAAUUUUUUUGAGCAGUGUAUAUAUUUGCGAGAAAAAAAACCAUAUGGGGGAUUGGAAGUGAUGCAGACAAUUACAUUGAUGGAAGUUACAAUCUAUCUGAAAUAGUCAAGCUGAUCUACCCCCUAAAAAAGAAAAAAAAGGAUGACAACAAUCUAAACGUAUAGCUGUGAAGUCAGGAAAUCUGGCAUAGUUAUUGUACACUAACUAACCGGCCCUUGUUUCCCUUGCUAAUUGGUUACAGGCUACGAGGGACUGUUCUGCCAGAUCAAUACGGACGAGUGCGCCAACAACCCCUGCCUGAACAAUGGGAAGUGUAUCGACAAGAUCAACACCUUCCACUGCCAGUGCCCCACAGGUGAGCCCCGGUGCGCCGCAGCGGGAGGAGGGGGGUCGAUCACCCCCCCCCCCCCCCCCGGACAGGACGGGCGCGGGAGGCGGACUCUAAUCCUUGCCUCAGGCAGGCUUUACCAGGCCAGCGCCCGACGAGGAGGAAAAUCCAUAAAGAAGGGCUUGAGGAAGUUUACACUUUGAACAAGUUUUUACUCUCAACUCUGAUGAGUGUGCACUUAAACUUGGUUUGGAUGUAGCUAGCCACAAUAACGUUAAUUGAGAGAGAACUAAGGAAAGAAGGACUAAGAAUAGCAGCUGAAAUAGUGUUGUGUUUCCACGUAUUGCAUUUCUGUGUAGUUGGAGAAGCUGUUGUGGUGAGCCUCUAGUUUUGUGUGUAGUGAAGUUUUGAAUUUAGAUGAUUUCAUUAGGUAUUUCUCCAGGGGUUCCAUUGGGGUUAGACUAUGUGACGAGAGGCAUUGAGGGUUUUGUUAGCAGAGGAAUGCUCUGAUAGAAAAACGUGAGGCCGACCGACACAGAGGAAGGUUUCUCACCCUCUUUCACCAGGCCUACUGAGGUGGAAGUAAUUGUGGAGGAAUUGAGUGCAGUUCUCAGUCGGAUCGGAUCAAAGACAGUUCAGAGAGAAAGGCAGGAGGCUUCUUGUGUUGAGAAAGUGCAGUUAGGAAGCUGAGGAAUUAAUUGUAGGGAGGUACAGCAGAGAACACAAGAGCUUAACUGCUGAAAAGCACCCCCCCACCAUGUAUAUGGGACAGGGGUGAGGGGGGCCUGAAUGAGACAGUGGUGAAAGUGGAAGGAGGUGGGAGGCAGUGUUGGGGUACUGGAGGGGACUGAGACACACAGACGGUUAUGCUCUAGGGGGGAUCAGAGGGGAAUUGCCUUCUUGAGAUGUAAAUUUGUUCUUGUGUAAGCCCAGGCUGGGGUAGGGUAGGGUCCUCGCCUUUCAUUUCUGUACACACCAUCUCCAUGGAAACCCCACUGGGGCGGUUUGAAAUGUGUGAUUACAGAAACCUGGGCUAAAUCCCCUCUCUGUGUUGUGUGUGAGGUAACGUUAACAUGGACAGUCUAAAGCGAAAGGGGCCCUGUGUUGUGAAUCCACUGGGAGCAGAGCUAACAGCUAGACAUGUAGCCACUUCCUAUCUGGGUUAGUGACCACUGGGAUGUCUGGCUGGCUGCUUGGCUUAGAACCCCUGUGUGUUCCAAUAGGGGGGGGGGGAAGCUUCAUCUCUUUAUCAAACAGAAUCCAUCUCCUUACCGCUUAGAAUUCAAAUGUGCUCCAGCGACAGAAGUUGGAAGAAGAAAAAAAAAAAUACAGAUUAGAAUAACUAGAGAAAAAAAGGGAGCCUGCUGGUUGAUUUUGAAUGAUGAGGGAUUUGAAUAGCUGAGUUCAGAGGUCAAGCUGGCCCUUUUGGGAGAGGUGGGCGGGGAGAGGGGCGAAAGCAAGACGGGAGAAUGCACAUUGUGAUGGAAAAGUUUUGGGGGACAAAAGAGGCAACCGGCUCGGCUUCGCGUUGCAUUGAGCAGACAGUCCCCCCUUUGUCUCUCACUCCUGGUCAUGAGGCCUUGGAAGUUUUUCUCCCCUUCUUUUCACCCCCCCCCCCCCCCCCCUCAGAUGCAGUUUCUUUUUGGGAGAAGUAGUGAAAAGGAGUAGAAAGAAAAGAAAAGGGAAAACGGGGAUGUUGAUUAAUAUGCAGCCACCUCUGUCGUUGAGGGCUCUCAUAAUGUAUGUAGGCUUCCAGGGAAAGAGUGGGAAUAGUUUGGGCUUGGUGAGAUCACUCUAACGACCCCCCCCACCCCCCCCAACCACCACCACACACACACUCACUCACGCACACAAACUUACCCCCACCUCUUCUUGUUUUUCUAGGCUUUGCUGGGAAUCUCUGCCAGAUAGAUAUUGAUGAGUGCGCCAGCACGCCUUGCAAGAAUGGCGCCAAGUGCACGGACGGCCCCAACAAGUACACCUGCGAAUGCACUGAGGGUAUACAAAACAACAACAAAGCAACAACAAAGAUAAAAAAAUAUACCAACACUGUUUUAUGGAUCCUGAACAGAAUGGGGAGAAAUUAGACAAAAGUGACCAACUUCAUCUCUUUCUACCAGGUUACACGGGGCAACACUGUGAGACUGACAUCAAUGAGUGUUUCUCGGCCCCCUGUCACUAUGGUACCUGUAAGGACGGCCUGGCCUCCUUCACCUGUUACUGUCGCCCUGGUUACACAGGGCGGCUGUGUGAGACCAACAUUAACGAGUGUCUUAGUCAGCCCUGUCGGAACGGAGGCAUCUGCCAGGACCGCGAGAACUCCUACAUCUGCACCUGCCCCAAGGGCACCACAGGUCAGACACACAUACACACACUAAAAGACUUCUCCUCUCAACUCAAAAUUGUCCUUGACAAUAAAAUCACCCAGAUGUAUUUUCAUCUGUGAAAAUGUUAUUAUAGAAACUUUGAUGCUAAUUCCUUUGCUCCUAGGUAUAAACUGUGAAAUCAACCUGGACGACUGCAAGAGCAAGCCAUGUGACUAUGGGACAUGCAUCGACAAGAUCAACGGUUACGAGUGUGCCUGCGAGCCCGGCUACAGCGGUAAGUAGCUACUGUAGCAGUUUGUCUGACUGUGGCAACCCAGGUUGAGGUUUGAAGAGGGUACUCCUACCUCCACGCGAGUCUGUCUCCUAUUCAGACCUCUCAGGCGAGGGCAGGACAACAAGGGCGUAGCGGGCAGGAUGAAGGGAUGGAAGAGAGGGAGGGGUAACAGAUGGUGAGCGAAUGCACUCCUUUUGAGGCCAUCAGUGGCGGUGUCACUUUCCAGCCCCUCCCUGUCCACAACCUGCUGCCUAGACACACAAACUGGCCUCUCUCACCAGGCUCUGAAAGGACCAACACUCACUGGGGAUUUUAUAGGAGAAAAGAUCCCCUGAAAUAUUCCCGAAAGUUGAUCUUUUAGAAGGGGAGAAGUUGGUCCCUGCUUUAGGGCUAAAUGGCCUCUCUUUAUGUUAUGCGUGGCACCGGCUGAAUGGCUGCGGUGCUUCAAUUGACCGACAAAAGCAGACUUAAAAACCCCAUGUUUCUCGAGGUGGAUGCAUUUACUGUGGGGAUAUAGAGGCCAUUGUCUGGUCCGUUGUCUGGUGUAGUAUGGGUUGUGCUUUGCGUUCUACUUCAAAAUGAUAUCUUCAUAGAAAUCUAACCAAGUCCAAACUCCAAAGACUACCAAAUAAUAUUAUGUUAGUUCUAACCAUAAAGUAUUAUUAAUUUGUAUAAUUUUUGUUAAACCAAUUUAAUGCGUUUGUAAACUAUAAACGUUCCUAGUGCUAAAAAGUUGAGACACUACUGUAUGAGGGGUCGGAGAAGUAAACAUGUUCAUGGGUUCUGGUUCACAGGGACAAUGUGCAACAUCAACAUUGAUGAGUGUGCCCUCAACCCGUGUCACAACGGUGGCACCUGCAUCGAUGGCACCAACAGCUUCACCUGUAUGUGCCCAGAGGGUUACCAGGACACCACCUGCUUCUCCCAAGUCAACGAGUGCCUUAGCAACCCCUGUAUCCAUGGCCACUGUCAAGACAAAGUCAACGGGUGAGUCUGCCUCUCUCAUCUGUCUCCAUAGCUCCUCUGCCAAGAAAAUUACAUAGUUGUGUUUCAUUUACAUCUAGAAAUCUUCCCUACAUGUAUGGUAUGGAACUAUGAAUAUACAGUAUCUACAGUAAAUCCCUAAGCAUUCAUAAAAGGUGUGGAUUUUGUGUGAGGAAUCAAAGUGAAAGUUAAUGUCUUUCUCUAAUAUUUAGCUUUUCUAUGUUGUCUUUAGUUACAACUGUCUGUGUGACAAUGGCUGGAGUGGCAAGAAUUGUGACAUCAACAACAAUGAGUGUGAGUCCAACCCCUGCAUGAACGGAGGCACCUGCAAGGAUAUGACCAGCGGAUACGUCUGCUCCUGUAGAGUGGGCUUCACUGGUGAGUUAGUGUGUUUGUGUGUGUGUGUGGUCCUUUACAUUGCACUCCCACCAUCAAUACAUUGUACUGUUUUGAUCUAUUUGACCCUGACUCAAACUCCAACUCAUGUGCUUCAUAUCUUCUUGACCUUUUGAUUCCAGGUCCAAGCUGUCAGACCAACAUCAACGAAUGUGCCUCCAAUCCCUGCCUGAACCAAGGGACCUGCAUCGAUGAUGUCGCUGGCUACAAGUGCAACUGCCUACUGCCAUAUACCGGUAUGAACAUAUUUGGCUAUUGUGAAAUAGUUGUCUGAGUGUCUGUCUAAGUGUGGUGUUUUGUUUUCCCUUGCUGUGGGGCUCUAAGUUGUAUCUUCUUCAAGGCAUUGGACAUACAGGAAAAACAUGCUCCGGAAGACCAAGCUGUCGAUGAAAGUUCAGCAGCAAUACUUCCUCUUGGCUAAAAGACUCUUGUGUCUGUUGUGUUGACCUUGGACCUCCAUGACAAGUGUCCAUGAUAACAACCCAAUAUUUUUCAGCAGUCCUCACGUCCUUUCCUUUCCUCCCUUGUCGUAUCAUUUGAAAAAACAGAUAAUGAUGGACUGCCUUUGGGCAAGCACAUUUUUUAUUUAUUCCCUGAGUCUUCUUUUUGGAAAACUCCACACAGCUUUGGGAGCUGGAAUAAUAGCGGCUUUGGUUGUGUGACGGACGGGGUGGGGAACGAACGGCCCGGCUGCUUGACACAUUUCCUGUUUGCAGACUUCCUGUCUCACAGAACAGCAAAUGCCUUGACAAUAGCAGGAAACGCCAGCCUGCUUCCUGUCCACGCUGGGUGUCGUGAAAACAGAAAGGGAAUUGUCUCCACAUGCCCAAACAGCUCUGCUCUCUAACACUCACAGACCUUUACACUGUGGUCAAGAAGCCUCCUGAUAUCCUCCUGAAUGAAGUGUGUGUUUAAAUGUCCAAUAAAAGCAUUAUGUAUGUAGGGCAGUCUAUCCAGACACCCACUACUUCCAGUCAUGAUACUCUGGUUCCGAAAAACAAUAGUAUUAGACAUUUAUAUUAAUAUGAGAAUAUUAAUAUUGAGCAUAGUUGAUGUCCAUUAUCUAAAAGUUUGUUUGUGUGUGUGUGUGAGAUAGGUGAGAACUGUGAGACCCUGCUGGCACCCUGCAGCACCAAGCCCUGUAAGAACACAGGUGUGUGUCAGGAGUCUGAGGACUACGAGAACUUCUCCUGUGUGUGUCCAGAGGGCUGGCAAGGUGAGGGAGCAAUAUCUUUAUAGUAGAAUGGUCAUUCUUAUGCAUUUAUAUACACAUAUGUCAGUAUAUCGAUAUAUGAAAAUAGGCAAAAUAUCUCAGAAAAUGGCCAAAUGAUCUCAGUGUUGUGUGUGUAGUAAGCCUUCCCCCUCCCUCCUCUGCCUUACCCUCUAUAGGCCAGACCUGUGAGGUGGACAUUAAUGAGUGUGUGAAGAACCCCUGUCGCAAUGGGGCCACCUGCGAGAACACCAAAGGCAACUACCGCUGUGGCUGCAAGGCCGGCUACACUGGCCGCAACUGCGAAACCAACAUUGACGACUGCAAGCCCAGUAAGUCUCCUUUCAGGUUGAUAUGAGACAGUGGCCAUGUCUCAAUACUCUAAAGUUGCUCCCUCUCAUUGGCUCUUUUCUUUUAUGACUGAUAGGUUAAAGACUAGAUAGGCCUCGAAAACAUCGCUAUAACAUCUGCCUUGUUAUCAGUGGGGAAAAAAGAAAGAAGCUAGUCAAGACUAUUGAGCCGCAGCCAGUGUGCUAAGCUAUCAGCUAACUUUUCUCCCUACUCUCUCUUGUCUCUCCCGCCUUAGACCCCUGCAGCAAUGGAGGUUUCUGUCGGGACGAGGUGGACAACUUUGUGUGCACCUGCCUGCCUGGUUUCCGUGGCACUAAGUGUGAGGAGGACAUCAACGAGUGUGACAGUAACCCAUGUAAGAAUGGCGCCAACUGUACAGACUGUGUCAACAGCUACACCUGCACCUGUCCCUCUGGCUUCAGUGGGAUACACUGUGAGAACAACACACCUGACUGCACUGAGAGGUAAAGAGAGCUUGGAUUCCUAUUUCUUUUUGAUUUAUCUUCCUCACAUGGCCUGUUGCAUCUCUGUCACAAACGAUGAAUGUAGCUCAUACCUAACACUGUUCUCUUGUCCACUUCUGCCCCCUGUGGCAGAAAGUAUAAUAACACUAAACGACAAUCCCAUUAUAGCCCAAGAUAUUCACACUUAAGUCACUUUACUAAUUGGACUAAUAAAAACAUUGAAUCCAGCUUUAACAUGAUACAUCUGGUAUUGCUUUAUUGAUGUUUUGAUGUUAUUUUUUCCCCAGCUCUUGUUUCAAUGGUGGGACGUGUCUGGACGGCAUCAACACCUACACCUGCCUGUGCCCACCUGGCUUCACUGGCAGCUACUGCCAACACGACAUCAACGAGUGUGACUCCAGGCCCUGCUUGAACGGAGGCACCUGCCAGGACAGCUAUGGAACCUACAAGUGUACUUGUCCCCAGGGCUACAUUGGACUCAACUGCCAGGUACAGUGUAUGCCCAGUGACACUGACUUUAUACUGGCUGUAGGCAAUAUACCAUGUUGCUAUCGUCAUAUAAAAUGUGCUUUUAUUAAUCAAAUACUUGGCUAAACAAAGGUGGUAUGAAGACAUUUAAGUUAACACGCACUACAAACGGUAGCUAUAAUGAUGUUUGUAGCUGUGAAACAAACGUGUUCAUUUCUAGUUACUUUCACCUGUCUACUCACCUAGUGACUAACUGUGUCUAUGGUGUGUGUGUUUCUCCUCAGAAUCUGGUACGCUGGUGUGACUCGUCUCCCUGUAAGAACGGGGGCACCUGUUGGCAGACUGGCACCACUUACAGCUGUGAGUGCCAGACCGGCUGGACAGGGCUCUACUGCGAUGUGCCAAGCGUCUCUUGCGAGGUGGCAGCCAAACAAAGAGGUAACACUAGUUAAGGAGGGUGUGUGUGUGUGUGUGUGUGAACGUCUGCAUGUGUGUGUGUGUGUUUUUUUGGUGUUAGUAUCAAUCUCAUACCUGUAACAAAAACACUUGACUACAUGUUCUCCAUCUCUCUGCCCUCCCCCCUCCAGGUGUGGAGGUAGUUGCUCUGUGUCUUAACUCAGGCCAGUGUCUGGACGCUGGGAACACCCACUACUGCCACUGCCAGGCGGGCUACACAGGCAGCUACUGUGAGGAGCAGGUGGAUGAGUGCACCCCCAACCCGUGUCAGAAUGGAGCCACCUGCACUGACUUCCUAGGAGGGUACUCCUGCAAGGUAGGCUGCUCACUAUGAACACAGCAUGCUCCACUUAUUUCUCAGGUCCUGGGUGAAACGCAUAACAAAUGUAGCCUAAUGUUGAAACGAUACCUAGGCUCAACAGUGAUUCUACACCCCCAAACAUGUUUAUUUAUAAGUGUUUCCUGGUCUUGGUCUGGUAGAAGCAUUGUCAGACAUUCUCACUUUGAAAUUAUUGUCACAUUUUUGGGUAGUGUAAAUAAGUGUGUUGGUAUCCUUUCUAAAUGAUUCUCCCUAUUAAAACCCUACUGAUGAAGGCUGUUUAUAAACAGACCCACAAACUGCUCAUUUAUGGAGCUCUCUGACGAAAGAGAAUUUGCUGACCUGUGCGUAAAACUGGCAAAAACAGCCAGGUAAACAGAAACUGCCUUGUUUCAUGUCAGUCGUUGAUUUUUCUCUCCUCUCUCAGUGCGUGCCAGGAUACGUCGGGACCAACUGCUCCAACGAGAUCAAUGAGUGUUUCUCCCAGCCUUGCCAGAACGGGGGCACCUGCAUUGACCUGAUCAAUACCUACAAAUGCUCCUGUCCCAGGGGAACCCAAGGUCAGGGCCCGACCACCCACCUCCACACACAUCCUCUCCCUCCUUCUAUCCCUCGCUCCUCUGGUCUCCUAGGUUCCUCUCCGCACUCCCACUCUAUCUGUCUCUCUCUCGCUCUCUCUCGCUCUCUCUCUACCUCUACCUCUCUCAAUCCACCACACUUCAUUAAUUAGGGCUUAACAGCGUCCAGCACAUGUCUGAAACUCUACUCCCCGCCCGUCAAAUGCAGGAUUGAUUUAUCUCUUGGACAUAAAGGGUGUGUUUCUUGUAGGUCAGCUGAAGUACUGUUGAAAUUAAUGUUGCCAAAAAAAGGAGCAAACAAGAGAAAACAUUGUGAAACGGUAAAUUAAAAUGUGUAUUGAACCAUUGCAGGUCAUACAUCUAUCCUCCUAUGAUCCCCUGAUGGUGUCCCAUCUGAGUGUUUAGGCUGACUGUUCCUCCCCUCUACCUCUCAGGCGUUCACUGUGAGAUCAACAUAGACGACUGCAACCCCUUCACAGACCAAGUCACCAACGAGCCCAAGUGCUUCAACAAGGGGAAGUGUGUGGACAGGGUGGGAGGUUACCACUGCAUCUGUCCCGCGGGCUACGUAGGGGAGCGCUGUGAGGGGGACGUCAACGAGUGCCUGUCCAACCCAUGUGACCCCCGCGGGACACACAACUGCAUCCAGCUCACCAACAACUACCGCUGCGAUUGCCGCACUGGAUACACAGGUAGCAUUUAACGUAGAGGAGGCAAAUAUGUUGGAUCUGGCUGGAGAGUGACUGCAGGGUUGGGUUUAGUUUCAUGUCAAUUAGUUAUUUCAUGGGGUUGAGUAUGGGAAAGCAAAGACUAGGGGAAAAUAAUGUAGACUUUUUUUUAAAAUAAUUGACAUUCCUGUCUUUUUCGAGACGAAUCACCUUGGACUUGCAGGAGAAAUGUUACAACUAGGGUUGGAGUAAAAACCUACAGGAGGGUAGCUCUCCACGAACAGGGUUGGAGACUCCUGCUCUAUGGCAUUACAAGUUAACCUGUGAUUGGCUUAUUGAUAAGGGAACAUUUCAGUCCUUGAUGUAACCUGCUCUCUAUGUGAUCCUACAGGACAGCGUUGUGACACAGUGUUUGACGGCUGUAAGGGCAAACCCUGUCGUAACGGAGGGACAUGUGCCGUAGCCAGCAACACUCCUCACGGCUUCAUCUGCAAGUGUCCACCUGUAAGUUCACACACAACCACAGCUGCUGGCGUAGUUCUGCCAAAGACACUGUAUAAGAGACAUGUAUAAAGACAUUCAGCAGAUGUGUUGCACUGUGUUUUCAUUCAUUCAACAUACUGUAAUACAUUUAAUAGUAAUAUUAACAUUGACACAUUUCCUCUCCUUCUCCUCUACAGGGAUACACUGGCUCCACCUGUGAGUACGAUGCCCACUCCUGUGGCACUCUUCACUGUCGGAACGGUGGCACCUGCAUCUCUGGACACAAGAGCCCAAAGUGUCUCUGUACCUCCUCGUUCACGGGGCCAGAGUGUGAAUACCCCACAGACAACCCUUGUAACACCAACCCCUGCUACAAUGGGGGAACCUGUGAGUACAGCUCAGAGGCUCCAUACUACCACUGCGUAUGCCCCACCAACUUCAACGGCCUGCUAUGUCACAUCCUGGACUACAGCUUCCUGGGCGGGUUCGGCCGUGACAUCACGCCCCCGCCGGAGGUGGAGGUGAGCUGUGAGAUCCCCCAGUGUGAGGAGAGGAAGGGGAACAAGUUCUGUGAUAUCUUGUGUAACAACCACGCGUGUGGCUGGGACGGGGGCGACUGCUCGCUCAACUUCAAUGACCCGUGGAAGAACUGCACGACAUCCCUGCAGUGCUGGCGCUACUUCAACGACGGGAAGUGUGACGAGCAGUGUAACAACGCCGGGUGUCUCUACGAUGGCUUCGACUGUCAGAGCCUGGAGGGCCAGUGCAAGUGAGUGAGACGCUUGCCAUCAGGGUCUGAAUACUGAAUAAUCGAUAAGGGUAGGCCAAUCCACCUUGAGACCUACUGGCUAUGCAGGGUUCUGCUCCAGACCUACUUUAACUCACCUGAUUCCGCUAAUGCUGUAGAUAGUACAUCAAGUCUGAGUAGCAGUUCAAGGCCUGAACAACAGUCUGAGCUUUUCUUUAAACAAUAUACAUCCCAUUAAAAGCCAUACUGAAUAAUGCUCUUUACUCUGUCUCUCCAGUCCUCUGUACGACCAGUACUGUAAGGAUCACUAUGCGGACGGCCACUGUGACCAGGGCUGCAACAACGCAGAGUGUGAGUGGGACGGUCUGGACUGUGCCAACAACAUGCCAGAGAAGCUCGCUGUGGGCCGCCUGGUCAUCGUGGUCCACAUCAUGCCCGACCAGCUCCGGAACAACUCGUUUGGUUUCCUACGAGAGCUGAGCCGCGUGAUCCACACUAAUGUGGUGUUCCAGCAGGACGCUAAGGGACAGAUGAUGAUCUACCCGUAUUACGGCAGUGAGCAGGAGCUGAAGAAACACAACAUGAAGCGCUCGGUGGGCCGGACAGAGAUCCCUGACACUGUGCUCAACUCCAUGAAGAACAGCAUGUAUACUAUAGCCAAUGGAAGCAGCCGCAGACGCAGGGAGCUGGACCCCAUGCAGAUCAAAGGGUGAGACAAAUGUUCUGGAAACAAUCCUCAUUUGGAAUCUGGAUUUCAAUGGAAUGUUCAUGCAAACCUCACAUUUACGUGAAAGUCUAACUAGUUUCUGUGUGAAGUAAACUGCCCUUCCACAUAUUCGGUAGCGAUUUGUUGUAUGAUCAUCCAUUGUGAUGGAAAACCAGUGUCUGGCUUUUAAAGAACUGCUGCUAGUUCCCUGAACAGAAACCAUGGUGCUGUCCUUUCUUCCCUCUGGGUUUUAGAUCAGGUCUAAUGUGUGUAAUGUGACUCUGUCCGCCACAGCUGCAUAGUGUACCUGGAGAUUGACAACCGCCAGUGCGUCCAGCAGUCCACAGAGUGCUUCCAGAGUGCCACUGAUGUAGCAGCCUUCCUAGGGGCCCUGGCCUCCAGUGGAAACCUCAACGUUCCCUACAUCAUAGAGGCAGUUCACAGUGAGUUUCUCUCUUCUUCCAUUCUAACAGUCACCAGGGGCCAAGAGUACUGCUGCAACACCCCCGGACUGCAUCCCUAAUGCCACCCUACUCAUACCCCAGCCCUACAUACAGACACACACACACACUGUGAAGGUAUUCAUCCCCUAGGUCUUAACCCUCCAACACCACAAAGGGAUGACGGGGUGUUCUUUGAUUGUGUAUUUGGUAUUCAACAAUGGAACAAAUGUACUUGUGAAUCACAUGGACUAAACAAUCAAUGCAGCAGUCUGUGUUUAAAUCCAAUGGCUUCAGGCUCCAAAAUGGUUAAUUGUCGUAAAUCAACUCAUCCAGCCCCCUACCCCAUCCACAUACCAUUCUAAUGCGCACACACACACACACACACACACUUCAUCCCACACUGUGAGGCUGCUGCAACCUUCACCUCGCUGAAUGUAAUACCAGGACUUAAUGCAUCUCUAAGGGUUUGGGUUGAGAGAGUUUAUCAUUUCAAAAUCGUUAGUGGAAAAAAAGCGAAGGGGAAGAAUUGAUCGGGAGUGUGCUAGAAGUUGGGAGUCUUUGUUAUCUUGAAAAUCCUAAUAAAUCCUUGGUCUUUACAGCUUAAAGCGCGUGCAGUAAUUUGAAGUUCAUUAAUCCCUCCCUUUUUUCCCCUUAAAGAAGAAAUGGUAGAGUUGUCUCCUGGUACCCUGGGCUGAGAGGGGAGAGGAGGUGGUGGUGGUUUUUUAUAUUUGAUGAGAAGUGGUUAGCAAUUCUGAUUAUUACAGAAUAGGACCAACCUUGUUUUACAAACGGCGCUCCUCAUUCCCAUUGUAGCUCUGGCUGUGGACAACUAGGACUAGGCUCCAGGAGGGGGUUGCACUAGACUAGAGGAGCUGGACUUGCAGUCCUCCUGCGACCAACCCAACACCUGUCUGCCUGCCUGGGUUCUCAGGCUCCGCUGCUGUCCGCCUUAUCAUGUUGUCCCUUUCCCCUCCAGGUGAGGUUGACCCCCAGCUUCCGUCGGAGCUCUACCCCAUCUACGUGGUCCUAGCUGGGCUGGCUUUCCUGGCCUUUGUGGGCGUGGGGAUGGUCGCCUCACGGAAGCGUCGUCGCGAGCACGGCCAAUUGUGGUUCCCGGAGGGUUUCAAGACCAGUGAGCCCAACAAGAAGAAGAGGAGGGAGCCCGUCGGGGAGGAUUCGGUGGGAUUGAAGUAAGUUUCCUGGGUUUCCAUGCGGCACCACAUCGUCUUCCCACCAUGGGUCACAGUUUGUUUGUCAUGGAUUUGGUCGUAGCAGGGUGUGGAGCGGUGACGAGAGUUUUUGGGGCUGAGGGGGGAACGGCGUUCGUUCGGAUCAUUAAUGAUAAUGAUGCAGCAGGUUUAGGUAACGGGCACAUUAAUUGACUUGUCGGAGUGAUAGUGUUGGGACGGGACAGGAUGGGGGGCUCAAUCAAUGCUUUUGUUUCGGUGUUGGUGCACUGCCACUGAGGAAGAGGGCUCAGCUGGGAUAGUUGGCUAGCUCACUUGCUGCAUCAGGAUUUUCAAUGGGAUUUCUCUCUGACCACAGGCCACUGAAAAACUCCUUGGACAUAUCACUGAUGGACGACAACCAGAAUGAAUGGGGAGAAGAGGAGCCUUCAGACGCCAAGCGCUUUAGGGUAAGGAGUCUAAGGACCCCACAUACUGGCAUUGGGACCUACUGUUGGAGAGAAAGACAGGAAUUAGAGUAGAACAUGGACUUCUUAAGAAAUACGUAAAGAAAUAUAUGAAGAUUUUCUAUUUUUCAUCAUUGAUAAUGGCCUUCAAAUAUCACUUGAUUCCAGUUUUGUUUCAAGAUUUAUGCAUUUACAUAGGCUAUUCAAUUUAAUUAGCUUUAAUUUAAUAUCCACCAAUAUUAAGAUAUUGAAAAUGUAGAGUCUCCUUUGUGUUGAUUUUUGGUUUUAUUGUCCAGAAUGUCAGCAUUUUAAUACAUAAAAGUUGGUUAGUUAAACCUUAGUUUUCAAAUAGGUUUGAGAUUAAAUGCUUUAGAUGCGGUGUGAGCUAAUUGAUUGUCCGUCCACCCCCUGGUCUGAUUACAGCAGUUUGAGGAGCAAGUGAUGCUGGACCUGGAUGACCAGACGGACCACCGCCAGUGGACCCAGCAGCACCUGGACGCGGCUGACCUCCGUAUCCCCUCCAUCGCCCCCACACCCCCUCAGGGGGAGAUCGAGAACGACUGCAUGGACGUCAACGUACGGGGACCAGGUGUGUACACAGCCGCUCGUUUCAUCAUUAGGGAAAUUAGGACAGAUUUUAGCUGUGAACUUGACUGAUUUUGGGGUGAUUAUAAUCUAUUUUUAUUUUUAUGUCUACUGACAAGGAUUGAGUUGAUUAUUACAUUUCAUGAAAUUGUAUUAUUUUGGGUGAAUACAGAAUGUAUGACCAUUUAAUUUGGUGUGUAUAAGGUGUGUAGGACUUCAGUAAAACUGUUUUGUGGAAUUGCUGUUCUUAUAUUUAAGGUUCAUGUUCCAAUAUUAUUUUUGCGUCACAUUUCAGUUGUCAGUACUGGUACAGAGUGCAGUUAGAAAAAGGAGAGAUGAAAGGUCUUCAUAAUUAUGAGUCAUCAGAAGUGGCAGGAAAAAUGUGGAUACAAAUAUUUAAACAAAUAUUAACAAAGUAUUCAAAUAUUAUCAAUAUAAUAAUUUGUAUUACUCACUAAAUAUUGAUUCCUAUUUAAUUGUAUUAUAUUACCUUCAAAUCUUGCUUUGUAUAGACGUCAAACUAAACUUAUGGUCAUGUUUUAAGGUAUUAUUCUGCCUAAAAUAUUAGCUGAUUAAUUUACACCUCUGAGUGAGCAAUGGCAAGAGAGAGAGCGUGUGUGUGUGGGUAGGAGUAGCUAAAGCCCUGUGUCCUCAGGGUAAGAGGAUCCAGAUCAAAGCAUGCGGCUUGAAGCCCUGAGCCCAGGGGAAAACUCCCUUCCUCAUUCCUGCUUACAUUCAUUAUUGGACCACUAAUAGGCAUUUUUCUUCAAAUGCUUUAUUAAUAAAACCAAUAACGGACCAAAAUACAAGAACACACUUUUAUUAAGUGUCAAACCCCCUGAAGAGUGUUUAAGAAAAUCAACAGUAACACGCUCCUCGAACUAAAGCACAGCAUACACACACGUUUUCUCUCCCUAACCGAUCAAUGAGCCUGAAUCGAAUCUGUGAGAUCUGGGGCUCGCUAUUCUUUUGAAGAGGAGAAACCCAUCCAGGUCGACUUGCUGAGCCUCCCCUCAGAGAUGAUAAUGCUCAGUUUUCCAGCUGCCUAGGUUUCACAUACACUGGCCCGUUUCCCCAAGCUCCCCAAAGCCGGGCUCGAUCAGAAUCCGUUAUCGAAAAGAGAGCUGUGAUGAUUCACCCAGGCAAACGCAUCAAAUCCACAUUCGAUUUGUUUGUUGCUUUGUUUUGAUCUUCCCCAUGCUUUGAAGUACUGACUCUUACCGUUUGUAGCAGGAACUGGGCUCUGUCUCAUGCUGACCCUGCACUAGUGCACUGAAUGACAAUGCUGAAGUAUAGUUAACUCCCCUGGUACUAAAGUAUGGUCCCUCCCUCCCUCCCUCCUUCUGCCCAGAUGGCUUCACCCCCCUGAUGAUCGCCUCCUGCAGUGGUGGAGGUCUAGAAACAGGCAACAGCGAGGAGGAGGAAGAUGCUUCUGCCAACGUGAUCAAUGAUUUCAUUUACCAGGGUGCCAAACUCCACAGUCAGACGGACCGCACAGGGGAGACCGCCCUCCAUCUCGCUGCCCGCUACGCCCGCUCUGACGCUGCCAAGCGUCUCCUGGAGGCCAGUGCAGAUGCAAACAUCCAGGACAACAUGGGCAAGACCCCGCUACAUGCUGCCGUGGCUGCUGAUGCUCAGGGCGUCUUCCAGGUUGGGGUCAAAUGCAGAUUAAUUUGUGUUUUUGAGUAGCGAAGAGAUCUACUGUAUUGGAUUGGCAAUGUGCACUUUCUUCCUUAGUAUCUCCAUAGAUAAUCUCAUACAAGGUUAACCAACUCAUUGUGUCUUUCUGUAGAUUUUGAUCAGAAAUCGUGCCACAGACCUGGAUGCCCGCAUGCACGAUGGCACCACCCCUCUGAUCCUGGCAGCCCGUCUGGCAGUGGAGGGCAUGGUGGAGGAGCUCAUCAACUGCCACGCUGACGUCAACGCUAUCGAUGACUUUGGUAGGGCUCUUAUGUCAAUGUUGUAUCUCUAUUGGCUCCUUGGCCUCAUCCACUCUUUCAAUCAGAGCUAGAGUAGAGGUGAAGCACUUUCGAUCCAGAAAUGCAAUCAAACGUUACAUUUGUAAUUGGAAACGGGCAGAAUAAAAUAAGAAAUGUAAUUCUAAUCCAUGUCCUUUUACAAAAUGUUUAAAUAACGUGGGGUUUGGAAAAGGAAUGAUAAUCAGGUUCCUUUAGGUCAGUUUAGACAGGCAUGGGUUGAUGUGGACUGAACGUUUGUCUCUCCAUGUCUCUCUUUCACCAGGCAAAUCUGCUCUGCACUGGGCAGCAGCAGUGAACAACGUGGAUGCAGCUAUCGUACUACUGAAGAACGGAGCCAACAAGGACAUGCAGAACAACAAGGUAAGGAAUCUCUGCCGCCUGAUAAAUUACCAUAGAAUAAGAUAUCUCCAUAAGCUACAUUCCUUUUCCAUUUAACCUUUAUUUAUACAGUUUAUUCUCAGUAGCUAGGUUUCCAUCCAAUUGCCGACAUUUUCAUGCAAAUAUUCUAAAAUCCGCAUUAAGAAAAUAUGCAUAUUUUCCCACCAGUGGUGUGUUUCCACCAAACUGACUUGUUGCGAUUAAAAAUCAGUGCGUGAUGACGUAGUGCACACAAAUGUACAGUACUUUUUCUCCUACAUUUUCAUCUACCGAAAAAAGAUCGGAAGUUCAGUGUGUUUCCAUCACAUUUUCAACUCUACCGAUAGUUCUGUCACAAAAACUGUUGCGUUAAAUAGCAAAUGUGCCUAAUCUGGUUUUGUUACGUGCGCUCUAGCCAGCAGCUCGCAGAUACAGUGUGGGUAGGCUAGUCUACAUGAUGAGAUUAUUAUGGAUAGGAGCGAGAGUAUUUGUAUUUGUCAAACGGCAGCUAAGCAUCGAUCAUCAUGUCCCCAGAAUAAGACCCUCGAUAUUUAUUGGAAAGGAACAUCAAGCUCAUCACCUUGCACAUUCACCACCCUGUGAAGUUCAUCAUAUCUUAUUUCAUCUGUAGCCUAAUAAACUGCAUGCUUUCCCGAGUCGUAGUGGGAGGACCACACACCAUAUCAUUGCGUGAAGUUUACUUCUAUAUGAUGGUUAUAAUGGCGUUUCCACCGCCAUUUCUCACAUAAUUACUUUUACCAACACAAAAAGAUCCCACCAUGUCGAACGAACAAAUUAUCUGUCGGCAUUUCUGAAAUUGUACCGAAACGUCCUAUUUCCAUCACAACUGUCGUGAUUUUUUUUUUUACAUGGUAUGACUUUACUUGCAUAAAAACUAAGGAUGGAAACGUGGUUACUGAGAUUAAAUCUAUUUUGCAAGAAAGAGCGGUCUGUCUGUGGCCCACUGUAAACAUGUUUCUCACUGUGUGUCUGUGUCUUCCUCAGGAGGAGACCCCUCUGUUCCUUGCUGCCAGGGAAGGAAGCUACGAGACCGCCAAGGUCCUGCUGGAGCACUUUGCUAACCGCGAGAUAACUGAUCACUUGGACCGGUUGCCCCGAGACAUUGCGCAAGAGAGGAUGCACCACGACAUUGUCCGUCUCAUGGACGAGUACAACCUGGUCCGCAGCCCGCCCAUGCACAGCCAUGCCCAUGGAGGCUCCAUGGGCACCACCUUGUCUCCCCCUCUCUGCUCCCCCAACGGCUAUCUGGGCAGCAUGAAGGUCCAGGGCAAGAAGGCCCGCAAGCCCAGUGCCAAGGGCAUCGGCUGCAAGGACGGCAAGGACAUGAAGAACAAGAAGAAAGCCUCCCAGGAUGGUAAGGGAGGAAGUCUGCUGGAUAGCUCAGCUGUUCUGUCCCCUGUGGACUCCCUGGAGUCUCCACACGGGUAUAUCUCUGACGUGGCGUCCCCUCCCAUGAUGACGUCCCCCUUCCAGCAGUCCCCGUCCAUGUCACUCAACCACCUCCAGGGGAUGUCCGACCCCCACAUGGGGGUCAACCACAUGGGCAUGCCCAACAAGCAGGAGCUGGCACACAUGCAGUUCGACCCACUGCCGCCCCGUCUCACCCACCUUCCCGUGUCAGGCUCCAACGGCUCGGGGGGCAUGAAUGGCCAGUGUGAUUGGCUCUCCAGGAUGCAUGCCAGCAUGGGCCAGCCCAGCCAGUUCAAUCCCAUGAGGGUUGGUCCUGUCGGGGGGCAGGGCGGUCUGCACCAGGGGGGUGGGCAGCAAGGCAUGAUGACCUCUCUCCACAACGGGCUCCCCACCACCAGCCUGUCCCAGAUGAUGAGCUACCAGGGCCUGCAGAACACCCGGCUGGUCUCGCAGCCCCACCUUCUGCAGCAGGCCCAGCAGCAGAUGCAGCAGCAGAUGCAGCACCAACAGAACCUGCAGCAGCAGCUCCAACAGCAGCAACAGCAACAGAGCAUCCAGCUGCAGCACCAGAACUCUAAUACUGGCACCAGUGGCAAUUCCAUCAGCCAGAACUUCAUCAGCAGUGAGCUGAGUGGCUCAGAGCUCCAGCAGGGCACAGGGAACCAGGGCUCCAUGCCCAUCCACACCAUCCUACCCCAGGAGACCCAGAUCAUGAGCCAGAACCUGCCCAGCACCCAGUACCUCACCCCUCCCUCCCAGCACAGCUACUCUGGCCCUAUGGACAACACCCCCAACCACCAGCUACAGGUCCCCGACCACCCCUUUCUGACCCCUUCCCCCGGGUCUCCCGACCAAUGGUCCAGCUCCUCCCCGCAUUCUAACAUGUCUGACUGGUCGGAGGGCAUCUCGAGUCCACCAACCAGCAGCAUGCAGUCUCAGAUCGGACAUAUCCCCGACCAGUUUAAGUAG